AUGUCUUCCACAGCAAGCUCUGCGCCAGGAGCGUCUAAUUCUGACAACAACUCAAAUGAUGAUAACUCAAGCCCCACAAGCUCCCCCCUCCUAUUUUUUGUUGCUCUUGGGUUUGGGGUUGUUUUCACAAAUUUAUGGAUUAUUGUUGGUGUGAAAUACUGCUUUAGAUAUAACCAGCGCAAUCGCCAGAUACGCAGUGAAGAGACCGGCGAGCCAAUAGACUUGGUUGCAAUGCCGCGAACACACCGAAGAAGAAGGGAAAAGAAGUUGAUGACCAUGGACGAAGUAAACGAGCGAUUUCCACUUGUCAAAUACAAAGUGUGGAGGUCUUCCCGGGCAAAUGCAGGACUAUCGACUACUGGUGGUAUAUCGGCACCUGAUACGGGUCACACUCGAGAAUUUCGGGAAGAUCAGCAACCCAUUCACGCGAAAACUGCUUCCCCUGUGGCUGCGUCCGAGGUUAAGUCUGAACAGGGGUUUGAUUCGACUCGGUUGCACUCGCCGAAGCCUGCCGAUGAUGGUGUAUCGCUACCACCGACCGAAGAGAAAAGCCUCAAAGAUUUAACCCAACCGAACCACGCAUACUCGAGGGUUAGCUCGGAUCGGAAUGAUAUAGAACAAAGGGACCCGGAUGCUCAUAGUAAUUUACAAGAGGACGAUGAAGUCAUUCUUCCAGCUGCCGUUGCUACAGACCUUGUUACAAGCCCUGGAGACUCGUGCGCAAUCUGCCUCGACAUCAUCGAGGAUGACGAUGACAUCCGUGGCCUUACUUGUGGACAUGCUUUUCACGCCUCGUGCGUCGACCCAUGGCUGACAAGCCGUAGGGCUUCGUGUCCGCUAUGUAAGGCAGAUUACUAUACACCUAAACCACGUGCCGACGUCACUGAGCCGUCUGCAACACAUGACCGGUCUGGUCGACGCAACACAACCAGAAUUGCUGCUCCAAACCAACCGCAAGCUGUAUUUAUCAGAGGGCGAGUUAAUCCAUUUAGGUCUCACACGGAAUCGCCUCGACGACCACCACAAAGGCCUUCUGACAUCGUUUCUAAUUCCUCGAGGCCAACCGGCCGCCACUUCUGGGGAGCGUGGCCCCACUCCACACAAAGUACUCCGGAAACCGCUGAAGAGGACCGGCCACGAAAUAGGUUUUGGGGGCCAGGACUGCCGUCUCGAUUAUUUAACAUACGCGUUCCUUUCAGAGCCGGAAAUCGGAGUUCUACAGCAACUCCUGACACUUUACCAAAUAACCCACAAACUCCUAGCCAGCUGGAGGCCGGCCAAACCCACUGA